GGUAGAACCGUGGGAGAUACAGGCGGGAAGUUGGAAACUGUUGCAGUUUUAGUGCUAAGAAAGUUGCGUCGUACACGGAACCGAUCCCCACAAUGGCAUCGGAGUCGAGAAGUAGUUUCGGUAAUUUUUCAAAUGUCAAUGAGAUUGAACUUCAAAUUGACCAGGCAACAACCAGUUUGACCACAAUCCUAGAAGCUACAUCUUCUUUAUCAUCUCAAGUGGAAGACUUGGCUUCUAAGUGUUCAGCCAAUGCACAGUUCCUAAAAGCAUGGCAACAGCUACUGAAGGAGGGCUGUGAGUCUUUGAAUAAAAGUGGAUUGUGGGGGUCAGAGCCCAUCCUGGCAGCACUUGGUCCAAGAAAAACAUACUGCAAGGACCUGGCAGCCCUUUAUUGAAGAGCAGACAUCCAUCCACACUUGGGCCAUUUUUGCUUCCAAUUAACCUGUUGUGCAUGGUUUUGAGUGGUGUGGAAUAUAAACCCCACUUGAACACAGAGAAUAGAGAUAAUGGCAGGAUGUGGGAUUCUAACCAAGGAUGCUGGUUUCAGUUUGAGACAAGGAUAGUGUUUUGUUAACUAUGUAGUUGAAUAAUCGGUAUAAAUCCAUCCGUCCAUUAUCAACAUUACUUAAUCCAGUUCAGGGUCACUGAGGGCAGAUGCAUCAAGUGGACGACACUUUAUAAUUUUAAAUAUGUUGUAUUUUCUUGCCAAUGUUAAAAGUCUAAUGAGGAGAGUAAUGAUUUCAUCUGCUUUAAGGCCAUUUAUAUUUUCUUCUUUUGCAUGUGAUGUAAAAUUAAAAAAAAAAAAAGUGCAGGAAAAGGUCUUAUACAAAAUAUAGACAACAAAUGUGAUAUUUAAUCUAAAUGUAUAUACAUUCUUCUCGUAUGAAGUAUUGCAAUAGAAGGCACUUUCUUAUUAAAAUCUGGCUUUGUAAAAAAAAAAAAUAAAUAAAAUAAACUACAACAGGUUUUUGAAACAAAAAAUUAAAAAUAUUUAUAUGGAGUCAGUUCAAGCUUAGAAGAUCAAUAUGUUGUGGUCCUGGGAAUUUUGGCAAGCACUUCACUCUUACUUUAAUAUUCUUUUUUAAAAUAAAUAGCAUGUAAUUUCUGGAAUAAAUUGAUUCAUAACAAAAGUAUUUAAAUUAGCACACCAAUUAAAAAAGGAAAGAUUUUUUUUUUAAUUACAGGUUGUACAAAGUUUUACAUUGUAACCAUGAUUUGUUCCAUUAAUUAUCUUCUGCAGAUAGACUCAUUUUUACAGUUGGUCUUUAAUGAAAUGAUAAAAUACACAAUGUUAUGAAAAUGCAAUAUUUAUAAAACAUUUACAUUAUACAAAAUAUAUAUACAUUUAAAACAAAUACUUAAGUGUUCUGAUUUACCUUUUUACAUUUUAAAGUUGUCCUAUGACAAGAGUCUUAAUAAUUUGUCCGUUGUGUUUGCUACUUGGGCUAUAUGUAAUCAACUUUUUAUCCAAUGUUAAUAUUCUUUGUCUCUUUGGGUUAUUUUGUCAAAAUUUCCUUCUGUUAAUUCUAGUUAAAUUGCAUCAUUUGAAAUUA